UGAAAGAGUCAGCAUGCUGGUAAUUCUCCUGAACUGUGUCACUCUGGGCAUGUUCCACCCUUGUGAAGAUAUGGGCUGUGACUCCUCACGUUGCAAGAUUCUCCAGAGCUUUGAUGAUUUUAUCUUUGCCUUCUUUGCUGUGGAAAUGAUCAUCAAGAUGAUUGCACUAGGGAUUUUUGGGAAGAAGUGCUAUCUGGGAGACACAUGGAACCGUCUGGAUUUUUUCAUUGUUCUAGCUGGCAUGCUGGAAUACUCUCUGGACUUGCAGAAUGUCAGUUUCUCAGCUGUUCGGACUGUAAGGGUACUCCGGCCUUUGAGAGCCAUUAACAGAGUUCCUAGUAUGCGCAUCCUGGUCACACUGCUUUUGGACACACUUCCCAUGUUGGGGAAUGUUCUCCUCCUCUGCUUUUUUGUCUUCUUCAUCUUUGGUAUUGUUGGAGUCCAGCUUUGGGCAGGGCUGCUCAGGAACCGUUGCUUCCUACCAGAAAACUUCACAUUCCCAUACACAGUUGAGUUGGAACCCUACUACCAGACGGAGAAUGAAGAUGAAAGCCCCUUCAUCUGCUCUCAGCCUCGAGAGAAUGGAAUGCGUUACUGCCGCAGCAUCCCAACACGGAGGGAAGAAGGUCUGGAAUGCACCCUGGACUAUUAUUCCUAUAAUGACACCACUAACACCUCUUGUGUCAACUGGAACCAGUAUUACACAAACUGUUCUGCUGGGGAGCACAACCCUUUCAAAGGAGCAAUCAAUUUUGAUAACAUUGGAUAUGCAUGGAUUGCAAUAUUUCAGGUCAUCACUCUGGAGGGCUGGGUAGAUAUUAUGUACUUCGUCAUGGAUGCCCAUUCCUUCUACAACUUCAUCUAUUUCAUUCUCCUGAUCAUUGUGGGCUCUUUCUUCAUGAUAAACCUCUGCUUAGUGGUCAUAGCAACUCAGUUCUCAGAGACCAAGCAGCGAGAGAGCCAGCUGAUGAAGGAGCAGCGAAUCCGCUACCUCUCCAAUGCAAGCACUCUGGCCAGCUUUUCAGAGCCAGGGAGCUGCUACGAUGAACUUCUCAAAUAUCUCGUCUACAUCCUCCGUAAGGCCAGCAAGCAACUGGUGGAAGUCUAUCGAACAACAGGGGUGAGAAUGGGCUUUCUCUCAAGCCCAGGCAGCAAGAACAGCACAGAGAAGCAGCCGUGCAAACGUCGACCACGGAAAAGAUCAUCAGUGCAUCAUCUCAUUCACCAUCACCACCACCACCACCACCACUAUCACUUGGGCAAUGGAAGUCUACAAGCACCACGUGCCAGUCCUGAAAUUAGUGACGUGGAAACCAGCUCACUUCACAACGGUGCCAAUAGGCUAAUGCUCCCUCAAACAGCCAAUCCUCACCUUGCUUCCAGCAACAGUGAAUCUGUUCACAGCAUCUACCAUGCGGACUGUCAUUUUGAGCCAAUUCGCUGCAGAUCAUCUCUCCCGCCUCAGCCUGGUCUCAGCUUACCAGGACCAGAGGUGCUCCCCAGGACUGUGGUUGGCAGCAAGGUCUACCCUACUGUGCACCCAAGUAACUCCCAUGAGCUGCUGAAAGAAAAAGGCUUAGGAGAGCGCACACUGAAUCCAGGGGCUAGCACCUUGAUGAAUCUUAAUAUCCCGCCAGGACCAUAUAGCCCAAUGCAAAAACUAUUGGAGACACAGAGCACUGGUCCUUGUCAAAGUUCCUGCAAGAUUUCCAGCCAGUCUGGGAAACCUGAGAACAGUUGCAACCCAGAUAGUUGCCCAUACUGCAUGAAGACCUUGGUUAAUGAUCCAGAGCUGACAGACCAUGAAAUGGGAGACUCUGACAGCGAUGGGGUAUAUGAAUUCACUCAGGAUGCUCACUAUAGCGAUCAGAGGGAUCCUCAGCGUUGGAAAGCCCGGGGAAGAAACACUUUAAAAUGCCUAGCCUUCUGGAAGGUGAUUUGCAAGACAUUUCGGAAGAUUGUAGAUAGCAAGUACUUUGGCCGUGGGAUCAUGAUAGCUAUCCUGAUCAAUACCCUCAGCAUGGGGAUUGAGUAUCACGAGCAGCCUGAAGAACUCACCAAUGCCCUGGAAAUCAGCAAUAUUGUCUUCACUAGCCUCUUUGCCCUAGAAAUGCUUCUGAAGCUGCUUGUGUACGGCCCUUUUGGCUACAUCAAAAAUCCAUACAAUAUCUUUGAUGGGAUCAUAGUAGUGAUCAGUGUCUGGGAGAUAGUGGGACAGCAAGGUGGAGGCCUGUCUGUUCUACGGACCUUCCGCCUUAUGCGAGUCCUGAAACUGGUCCGUUUCAUGCCUGCUCUCCAGCGUCAGCUGGUAGUCCUCAUGAAAACAAUGGACAAUGUAGCCACCUUCUGCAUGUUACUGAUGCUCUUCAUAUUUAUCUUCAGUAUCCUUGGGAUGCAUCUCUUUGGCUGUAAGUUUGCGUCAGAGAGAGAUGGAGACACUCUUCCUGACAGGAAGAACUUUGAUUCCUUGCUCUGGGCCAUCGUUACUGUUUUUCAGAUAUUGACUCAGGAAGACUGGAAUAAAGUCCUGUACAAUGGCAUGGCCUCUACCUCUUCCUGGGCUGCCCUCUACUUCAUUGCCCUCAUGACAUUUGGGAACUACGUUCUCUUUAAUUUGUUGGUUGCCAUCUUAGUAGAAGGCUUUCAGACAGAGGGUGAUGCUACUAAAUCUGAUUCUGAUGUGGAGGUUUUCCCCCGUAGUCUGGAAGAAGACUGUGGACUUAAGAACAACUUUUCAAAUCCAGCCUUGAUGGCUCUUUGUGAACACCCAGAGCUAAAGAAGAGCUUGACACCUCCACUCAUCAUUCACACAGCCGCCACACCAAUGCCCAUGCCGAAAAGUGCCAUCUAUGGAGAAGUGGCUCAGAGCUAUGAUUCCCGAAGAGCUAGUAGCAUCUCCAUGGAUCCUAAUAUAUAUGAUCUCAAAUCACCGGUGAGCGCCCGGAGUUCGCCACACAGUCCUUGGAGUGCAGGAAGUAGCUGGAACAGCCGCAGGUCGAGCUGGAACAGCAUUGGGCGGGUUCCUAGCUUGAAACGCCGCCACCAAAGCGGAGAGCGCAAGUCACUUCUGUCGGGGGAUGGGAAGCAGAGUUCGGAGGAAGGGGAAAGCUCUGAUGAAGAGUGGUCCAGCCGGACUGGGAGCGUUAAUGGCACUAUACCUCACCGCAUGGAGUCGCUGGAAACCAAAGGCUCCUUUGACUUCCAAGAUACCCUUCAGGUGCCUUCUCUUUACCGGACCAGCAGCAUACACAGUAGCCACACCUCUGCAUCAGAGCACCAAGACUGCAAUGGAAAAACGGCCUCCAGAGUUCUGAUACAGCAACUUCAUUUGGAAGAUCCACUUCCUGAAUGUGACGAUUUGGACGAUGAGGGCAACUUGAGUAAAAAGGACCGUAUGAAGGCUUGGAUAAGGGCACGCCUUCCCGCCUGGUGCAAAGAAAGAGAUUCCUGGUCUGUCUACAUCUUUGCUCCUCAGUCUAAAUUCCGUCUAAUAUGCAAUAAAAUCAUUGCUCACAAGAUGUUUGAUCAUGUCGUCUUGGUAAUCAUUUUUCUGAACUGCAUCACCAUUGCGAUGGAACGUCCCAAAAUUGAGCCACACAGUGCUGAACGGAUUUUUCUCACGCUUUCCAACUAUAUUUUCACAGCGAUCUUCCUGGCUGAAAUGACUAUAAAGGUGGUGGCACUAGGUUUGUGCUUUGGUGAGAAGGCAUACUUGAGAAGCAGCUGGAAUGUGCUGGAUGGGGUGCUUGUUCUUAUCUCUGCGGUUGACAUCCUGGUUUCGAUGGUUUCUGACAGUGGCACAAAAAUCCUUGGAAUGCUAAGAGUCUUGAGGCUGCUGCGAACUCUCAGACCAUUAAGGGUCAUUAGCCGAGCACAAGGGCUGAAGCUGGUGGUGGAAACCCUGAUGUCAUCCCUAAAACCUAUUGGAAACAUUGUAGUCAUCUGCUGUGCUUUCUUUAUCAUUUUUGGCAUCUUGGGAGUCCAGUUGUUCAAAGGAAAGUUUUUUGUCUGCCAAGGGGAAGACACAAGGAACAUUACCAACAAGUCAGACUGUGCAGAAGCCAGCUACAAAUGGGUCCGGCACAAGUAUAAUUUUGAUAAUCUCGGCCAGGCCUUAAUGUCUCUAUUUGUUUUGGCCUCCAAAGAUGGGUGGGUGGACAUCAUGUACGAUGGAUUGGAUGCUGUAGGAGUGGAUCAGCAGCCAGUCAUGAACUAUAACCCUUGGAUGCUCCUCUACUUCAUCUCCUUCCUACUGAUUGUUGCGUUCUUUGUCCUCAACAUGUUUGUGGGAGUUGUGGUGGAGAAUUUCCAUAAGUGUCGUCAGCAUCAGGAGGAAGAGGAAGCCAAGAGGCGAGAGGAAAAAAGGCUCCGGCGGCUGGAGAAAAAGAGAAGGAGUAAGGAGAAACAGAUGGCUGAUCUAAUGCUGGAUGAUGUAAUAAUGGAGAGCUCAGCCAGUGCAGUGCCAGAGGCACAGUGUAAACCAUACUACUCUGAUUACUCUCGCUUCCGACUUCUGAUUCACCAAAUGUGCACCACCCAUUACCUGGAUUUAUUCAUCACAGGUGUGAUUGGGCUCAAUGUCAUCACCAUGGCAAUGGAGCACUACCAGCAGCCUGAGGUUCUUGAUGAAGCUCUGAAGAUUUGUAAUUACAUCUUCACCGUCAUCUUUGUCAUGGAAUCAGUUUUCAAACUAACUGCAUUUGGAUUUCGUCGGUUCUUUCAAGACAGAUGGAACCAGUUAGACCUGGCAAUAGUGCUCUUGUCCAUCAUGGGGAUCACGCUGGAAGAGAUUGAGGUGAACGCCUCACUGCCUAUCAACCCCACUAUUAUUCGCAUCAUGAGGGUCCUCAGGAUUGCUCGAGUGUUAAAAUUGCUGAAGAUGGCUGUAGGGAUGAGAGCUCUGCUGGACACAGUCAUGCAAGCACUACCUCAGGUGGGGAAUCUAGGUCUUCUCUUCAUGUUGUUGUUUUUCAUAUUUGCAGCUCUUGGGGUGGAGCUGUUUGGAGACCUUGAAUGUGAUGAUACUCAUCCCUGUGAGGGCUUAGGCCGGCAUGCAACUUUUCGUAACUUUGGGAUGGCCUUUCUCACACUCUUCCGUGUAUCCACAGGAGACAACUGGAAUGGGAUAAUGAAGGACACACUGCGAGACUGCGAUGAGGAAUCCACUUGUUACAACACCGUCAUCUCGCCUAUCUACUUUGUCUCAUUUGUGCUGACAGCUCAAUUUGUCCUAGUGAAUGUGGUGAUUGCAGUACUCAUGAAGCACCUAGAGGAAAGUAAUAAGGAAGCAAAAGAGGAAGCAGAACUGGAAUUGGAACUGGAGAUGGAAAUGAAGGCAAUCACCCCGGGUCCGCACCCGCCCUCUGACCCUUUUCUAUGGGCAGGCAGCAAUGCAGGAGAAAGGUCUGAGAGCCCAGGAGGAUAUGCCAAUCCCAUGCAAAUCAAGGUGGAUUCUCAGCUCUCAUUGGUUCACCCUAUGGAAAGACACUUGUUUGAUACCAUAUCACUGCUGAUCCAGGAAUCUCUGGAAGGAGAGUUGAAGCUGAUGGACAACUUGUCAGGCUCUGUGUGCCAUCAUUAUGCCCUUCCAACUACUGACAAUUACAACUCUGAGAAACAGGCCAAUCUUCCCUCCAGAAAUGACCCUCUGACUCUCUCACCUAGUAAAGACCUGCUAAAUGUGAGGAAGCCUUCUGUAGGCCGAACCCAUUCAUUACCAAAUGACAGCUAUAUGUUUCAGGCUCCAGAUAUUGACACCUAUAAUGCCUCCUCUGGAGAAAAGAAUUCAUCUCAUCAAAAAUCUCAGUCAGGCUCAGUAACAUCGGUGCAAUCUCAGCCUGCAAACAUAGAUGCUCUCCUACAGAUUCCAAGAGACCUCUUCCACCACCUCAAGCCCCAAUACAAUCUUGAGUGGGAAAGCAAAUCCAAAGUUCCUCGACCUGUGCAUUCUCCCUCUGCAGAACGGUUACUUCGCAGACAGAUGGCAAUAAGAAAUGACUCCUCAGAUACCCAUAGCUCAGAAAGCAGAGAGAACAUCUAUGCUGAGGUGAGUGAGCUCUCUGACCCAAAUUUGUCAGCUCCAUCCACUGAGGAUCUAUCUAUCACUCUGAUGCCCUCAGAAGCAAGAGAGUCAGCCAGCUGGGGAAGAUCGAGUGUCCAUACUCAACAACAUUCCUGCAAUCAGUAUAACAUUUCCAAGCACGUGCCGGAUUUGUGUGCCUGUACAGACUCCCUUCAAGAACUACCUGGAGACCCAAUGGACCAAGAAGUAUCAGAAAUAAACAGUUCUUUUACUUCAGGGACUUGUUCAGCCAUGAGUGCCUCUUCAGUGGUUCAAUCUGAGACUCCUAAGAGAAAUGUAGGCAACAGUGGCAACAUUACUUUGAAGGACCUGAAGAAGUGCUACAGUGUAGAUACACAGGGUCUUCUUAAAAAACCAUCAUCUUGGUUAGAUGAUCAAAGGAGACAUUCCAUAGAAAUUUGUUCCCUGGAAAACAGCCCUCAGCAUCAUUCCACAUCUAGUUCUUCUGGCUUCAUAAGUCAGGUCUUAAGUGAAAUGGAAGGCUUGCAAGGAACACGGCAGAAGAAAAAACUGAGCCCCCCAUGUAUAUCAAUAGACCCACCUGAUGAUCAGAGUUUGUUACUGAGGGGAUCGCACACCACAUCACCUAGUACAGAUGUUUGCUUGCGAAGACGUGCACCAUCUUGGGAUUCCAAGGAUUCAAUGGAAGCAGGGGACUCAACACUUCCAGACAGUAUGUCAAUAACUCCAACCCCAAAGAAAGACUUAUUGACUCUUCCUAGUUUUUCCUUUGAUCAAACAGAUGCCGACCCCUGAGUUUGUUUGUUUCCUGUUGUUGGUGCCAAAUGUUUCUUUUCUCCCUCAUGUAAUAAAUUAAACCUCUCUAUUCUAAAAUGGCACUGAUUUUUAAAAAAAUCCAAAGAAAGUUUAAAGAGCUAGCUGGUUUUAAGAGUGGUUAAGCUAUAUCACGCUUACUUAAGCAUAAGUUCUGCUUGGGUAAAAGCAAUACAUUGUUCAGAGUCUAUAUGUAUAUUCUAUUUUAUUAAAUUAAUUGAACCUAGUAUUGCAGGAUGUAGUACGUUUUGUGGCUUAAGGAUAUGGUUUAUUUUCUUCUGUUUCAAGUAUCUCAGAAUAUUCCUGAGAUUACAUUGUUUUUUUAAUGAAUAUUUUAACCUUUAAAAAAUACAUAUUUAAUCCUCCCCUUUUUUGUUUUUGUUUUGCAAAGCACAAGAUGUAGCCAUUAGUGCAUUACUGAGAAAAUGUGUCCCAUGGUCAAAUAGAAAUGAAAACAUUUGCAGUUAUAAUGUAUUCACUCACUAACCCCUCUACUAUUUUCUGUAGAAAAUAGCCAUUUGGAUAUUUUUUACAACUGU